UAAAGUAUAUGUCUUGUCCUGCCUUUUGUCAAUAAAAUUAUUGUACAUAAACCACAUGUGCCCAUAUAACUCACCUGCUGUCUUCAACGCUUGGACUCGAUGGAAAACCAUCCCCUUGUCCUUCUCUACCGUCGCCCAGAAUUCAAUCUUCCGAUCAAAGACCGCCUAUCGUCUCAUUUCCCCCUCCUUGACUCGGCCGAUUCACAAAACUCCAUCAGCUCCUUCCUAUCCGCCUAUGCUCAUUCUGUAAGAGUCCUCAUCGGCGCCAGCUGGCUCCCGAUCACCUCAGAAAUUCUCGGUCUCCUGCCUUCUUUGGAGCUCAUAGUGGAAAACAGUGCUGGCCUUGAUCACGUCGAUCUGCAGGACUGCCGUCGCCGUGGAAUUACUGUUACCAACGCUAGUUUGGCUUUUGCGGAGGACGUUGCUGAUCUAGCUGUAGCAUUACUGAUCGAUGUUUUACGGAGAAUAUCGUCGGCUGAUCGGUUUGUUCGUGCGGGCUCCUGGCUAAUGGAAGUAGAUUACCCUCUUGGCUUUAAGUUAGGAGGCAAACGGGUUGGGAUAGUUGGAUUUGGAAGCAUCGGUUCUAAAAUUGCCAAAAGACUAAUAUCUUUCGGCUGCAAAAUUGCAUACAAUUCAAGGACAAAGAAGCCAUCUGCUCCCUACCAAUACUACACUAGUGUUAAUGAUCUUGCUGCAGAUAGUAAUAUCCUCAUUCUUGCUUGUUCCCUCACAGAACAAACGCGCCAUAUCAUUAAUCAGGGUGUGCUCACAGCAUUAGGCCAAGACGGAGUGAUCAUUAAUGUCGGACGCGGUGGUCUUAUUGAUGAAAAAGUACUCGUAGAGUUCUUGAUGCAAGGGAAAAUUGGGGGUGCAGGACUUGAUGUGUUUGAAAAUGAACCCCAUGUGCCGAAAGAACUGUUUUCUUUACAAAAUGUUGUGUUUUCUCCACAUCGCGGUGCCUUGACUCCAGAAUCUUUGGAUGCAGUAAUUGAGUUAACUGUUGCAAAUGUCGAGGCUUUUUUUUCAAAUGAACCUCUAAAGUCAGUUGUUCAGCUCGAGUAGAGCUGGUAUUAUUUGAUCAUUCUUCGCAAUAACAUUGCGAUACUUAAAUUAAACAGUGUUUUGGAUUCUCCUAAUGGAACAUGGAGACAUAAAUAAAAAGUGUAUUUGUAA